CAACCUAAUCAAGAUUGUGGGGUUGCACUCCAAGUUUCACAUCUUCUCGACUUCAACUUCGCGUGAUAGACCCAUAUUCGCAGUUCGCCCAGAGCCGAGCAUUACCGUGAUACGUUCCUGAGCAAUUACCUCCCCACUGUCGCCGCGCACGUCGCAGUGUACCAGCCCGAAAACUCGCACCCACUCCGCAAACAUGAACCUGGUUGAGUGGGCGUUCGGAAAGCGCAUGACGCCGGCGGAGAGACUGCGAAAGCACCAGCGCGCACUCGAGAAGACACAGCGCGAACUGGACCGCGAGCGCGUGAAGCUCGAGAACCAAGAGAAGAAGCUUGUCGCAGAUAUCAAGAAGAGCGCAAAGAAUGGGCAAAUGGGACCUUUGCGCAUACAGGCCAAGGACCUCGUACGGACAAGACGGUACAUUCAGAAGUUCUACCAGAUGCGCACACAGUUGCAAGCGAUUUCGCUGCGGAUACAAACUGUACGAAGUAAUGAGCAGAUGAUGCAGUCGAUGAAGGGCGCGACCACACUCCUCGGCAGCAUGAACAAGCAGAUGAACCUCCCCGCCCUCCAGCGCAUCGCAAUGGAAUUCGAGAAGGAGAACGACAUCAUGGACCAGCGGCAGGAGAUGAUGGACGAUGCCAUCGAUGACGCCACAGGCAUGGAGGACGAGGAAGAGAGCGAAGACGUCGUCAACCAGGUGCUGGACGAGAUAGGCAUUGACCUAGGGCAGGCACUCGGCGAGACACCCAGUGGCCUGCAAAAGGCCGCCGUGCCCGAGGGCAGAGUUGCGCAAGCAGUUGGCGGGCCGGAUCCUGACGAUGAUGACCUGCAGGCUCGCUUGGACAGCCUGAGGAGGUGAUGCCUUACUACGGCCGUGCCAAGUGUUUUGUAUCUAUGGUGGCAGAUUGAUCCUCGAUAGCAGAUGAGCUCAUGGCAGCUCAGGCUGAAUUGAUACCAGUGGCGUUUU